AUGACACGUGCCAUGAACAACGUGUUUGUCCUCGUGCAACCCGUGUAUCUCAAGAGGGCAUUCCCUUCGAACAUCACCGAACAUCUGGACCACGUCUCGAUCGCCACCGCACACGACAUCAUCAAUCUCGUGACCGCAGACCCCACAGCACUCCACUUUGUCGCCGUCGGAGCCUCCGACUACCUUCAGCUCAAGACGAGCACCCAUCUCACGCUCUUCUCUGUUGUCAGCUCCGUUACCCACAGCGACCUGAUCAGUCCGAGCGGUCACAGCCGUCAACUCUGCGUUGCACCAUCAGCACUCACCUGGCCACAUGUGGCCACCGUCCUGGGUGCCAUUCUCAACAGAUGA